CUCUACAGCAUCCUCAGAUCCAAAAAGAGUCUCAGUACAUCAAGUACCUCUGCUGCGAUGAUGCUCAUUUCAUGAACCUUUGGGUAACCGGAAUACGGAUUGCAAAGUAUGGUGCGUCACUGUAUGAAAACUAUAAAACAGCAGAGAAGAAGGCAGCUGUGAGCUCUGUGUGGACGAACCGCAGCACGCCAUCGAGCUCCAAUCAAUCAACGCCCUCACCAACUAUCAAAGCCAAAUCACCGAGCCAGGCCAACGGUCACGCUCCCAAGCCCCAACCAGGACUCAUCUCUCAGGACUUUGGAAAUGUUCCACCUCCACCCCCACCAAUGGCUGAGAUCCUUCCUCCACCGCCUCCAGACCCAGUCCUCCCUCCUCCACCGCCUGCAGACUCAGUCCUCCCUCCUCCACCACCUCCUAUGGCAGCAAAGAGUUCUUCAAGACCUCUUCCCCCCCAGCGACACCUGCCCACCAACCUCCCUCCCCCUCCACCUGCAAUGGACAGCCUUCCUCCUCCACCGCCGCCCCCACCAAAUGAUGAUACCUUAGAGGCCCCGCCAGACUUCCUUCCACCCCCCCCUCCAGCCACUGGCUUUGGUUCACUGCCACCUCCUCCGCCUAUGAACUCCCUACCACCGCCGCCUCCCCCAGCAAGUGUCAGGGGUGUGGACCAGUCUCUGCCUCCUCCACCACCAGAUCCAGGGUUUCUACCACCACCUCCACCUCAGCCAGUGUUUACAGGGGCUGGAGUACCCCCUCCCCCUCCACCACCUCCUCCUCCACCUUCAUCUGCUGCCGCUCCCCCUGCCCCAAGAGUAGCAGUGCGACCCUCUGGCUCCUUGAAGAAGGUGCCUCCUGCUCCGCCGAAGAGAACUACACCAUCACUGCACGGAGGAGGUGAUGGUGGAGACUUCAUGUCAGAACUGAUGCUGGCCAUGAACAAGAAACGCGGUAAUCAGUAGCACGACGACCAACUUCACUCUUAAUUAGCCUCGUCUUGAUUUCAGCAAAACAGCUAAUUUUUUUCCCAAACAAUACCAAACAUAAACUUUUUCUCUUGAAGAAAACAGACAGUGAUGCUUUUUCCUAACAGCUCAUCCAAAACAUUAUUUUGCAUGAGUUGAGUACAGGGUAAUUAAUCUUAGUUUUUUUUUUUUUUUUUUUUUUUUUUUUUAAAGGAUACUUAAGAGAAUUGUAAAUAUUGUUGCAAGUUUGCAAGCACUGUAAAUACUUUAAAAACUUUUCCAGCAUACACAGUAAUUUUCAAAUGACUAAAAUGGCUAAAUAAAACCCUGCAUAAUAAAUGCAUAAACUCAACACAAA